AAUUCUUUUAUUCAAGCCACUAUCUGUAAGGUUAAUGGAAGAGAUGCUCACCAUCCUCCGUCCUCCCUCCAUCUUUCCUCCGCCACUAACCUCUCGCUCAAUCAUUACUCUUUCUGCCACCGUUACUGCCACUGCAUCUCCUCCUUCAUCCAGAUCUGCCGCCGCUGCUACGUCUCUUCCUUUGUCCAUAUCUGCGAUUGUCGCCUCUCCCCCCUUCGCAGCACCCAGGACCGCCUCUCCCUCUUCCUCUUUUAGUCUGCCAUUGCCGCCUUUCUCUCUACCUCGGCUGAUUUGUGAUGAACUAUGUGUGAUGAUAAAUCUAGUGGUGGAAAUGAUGGAUAGUAGUGGCAGCAAUGGUGGUUAAUUUUUUUGUUUUAAAACAAAAUUUAUUAUAGGGA